GCGCAGGUCUUUGAUGGAAUCACCGUCCUGGAUUUCACCAGCGGGCGGGCCGGCGGCGUCGCCACCAUGGUGAUGUCCGACUUCGGGGCCGAGGUCAUCAAGGUUGAGCCUCCGGGCGGUGAAAAGUUCCGGAACUCGCCGGGAUCUAUCCAGUGGAACCGGGGCAAAAAGAGCGUCGUCCUGGACCUGAAAACGCCGGAGGGACGGGAUAACGCGCGGGAGUUGGCGCGGCUUUCCGACGUGGUGGUGGAGAGCUUCCGGCCGGGGGUGGCCAAGCGGCUGGGCAUUGAUUACAACAGCCUGCGCGCGGAGCAUCCCGGGCUGGUGUAUGCCACGCUGACCGGCUUCGGGACCGAGGGGCCCUACGCCAACUACAAGGGCUACGACGGCGUGGUGGCCGCCAAGAGCGGCCGGAUGAUGAUGUUCGCCGAGCAGCAUCCCCGGGAGGGUCCCAACUACGUGGUGGUUCAGGGGGUCUGCCACGCGAGCGCCACGGCGCUGGUUCGAGGCAUCACGUCCGCUCUCUACGUGCGGGAAAAGACCGGACGGGGCCAGCGGGUGGAGACCAGCAUGCUGAAGGCCGUGACCACCUACGAUCACGUGUCCUGGGUGUACGGCCAGAUGAUCGAGAACCUGCCCGACACCUACCCGCCGGACCCGAGGGUGGGCAUCGGUCGUCCCAACCCCACGGGGUACCUGCCGGCCCGCACCAAGGACGGCCAAUGGAUCCAACUGGGGAAUGUGAUUCAAGAGCGCGCCCUUCCUGGAUCAGGACGCCGUUGCGGCCCUGGACGGAUCAUGCUGGAGAAGGUCCAGGAGAAGACGCUGGACGAGUGGAUGGGCAUAUUCCUCGGUGAAGCCGGCAACGUGGCCGCCGAGCCCUACCUCACGUCCGAGCAGGCCCUGGACCAUCCUCAGAUCGUGCAUAACGGCAACGCGCAGGACGUGUUUGUCCCUGGGGUCGGCGGAACGCGGCAGCUCGGCCCCAUGGUGAACAUGAACGGGACGCCGGGCAGCACGCAGGGGCCGGCGCCGGCGCUGGGUCAGCACACGGCGGAGACGCUGGCCCGCCUGGGCGGCGACGCCGGAAGUCGUUCCAACGGGGCCAGGGAGGCGAUGCCAAAGCACCCACUGGAGGGGAUAACGCUGCUGGAUUUGGGGACGGUAAUCAACGGGCCGCUGGGCUGCGCCCUGGUCGCCGAGUUGGGCGCGAGGGUCAUCCGCAUCGAAGCGCCCGGCGGCGACUGGGGCCGGCGGGGCAUGCCGAUGUCGGUGCACCGAACCAUGGGAGGCUCGGAGUGCAUUUGCCUGGACCUCAAGACGCCGGAGGGCCAGGAGAUCAUGAGCAAGCUGGCGGCAAAGGCCGACCUGCUGCUCCACAGCAUGCGCCCGGGCGCGCCGGAGCGGACGGGUAUCGGCUACGAACAGCUUGCCAGGAUCAACCCGAAGCUGGUGUACCUGUACGCCGGCGGGUACGGCUCUACCGGACCCUACUCGCACCGGCCGUCGAUGGCUCCGAUAGCCGGCGCCGUGUCCGGGGGCGGCGUGGCCCAGAUGGGUCGGGACGCUUUCCCGCCGCCGGAGCAGGCCAUGUCCAUCGAUGAAAUCGCGGCCGUGUCCAGGAAGCUCAAGCGGGCGAACGACGGCACCGCCGAUCACACCACGGGCAUGGUCAACGCCGUGGGCCUGGUGCUGGGCCUCUAUGCACGGGAGCGCACCGGGACGGCGCAGUACGUCGAGUCCACCAUGAUCGCCGCCAACGCCUACGCCAAUAUCGACGACUUCUACUGGCACGAAGGCAAGGAGCCGCGCCCGCUGCCGGACGGGGAGGGACACGGGCUGCACGCCCUCUACCGCCUGUACCGGGCGAAGACGGGGUGGGUGUUUUUGGCCUGUCCCUUCGAGGACGAGUGGGAGGCGCUGUGCCGCGCCAUUGACCGACCGGACCUGCGGGAUGAUCCCCGGUUUGCCUCUCCGGAGACGCGGGCGGAGCACGACGACGCGCUGGCCCACGAGUUGGGCCGGGUGUUCGCCGGCGCAGAGCCAAUGCACUGGGAGCAGCUGCUCACCGCCGCCGACGUGGCGUGCGUCAAGGCCGAGGACCGGGGGAUGUAUUUCUUCUUCAACGAGGACCCCCACGUGCGCGAGAACGGCUUCCUCACGCCCGUGGAGGCGCCGCGCUACGGCGAGUUCUGGCGGUACGCUCCGGUGAUAGACUUCUCGGAAACGCCGGGCCGGGUCGGGCCGGGCCCGCUGAAGGGUCAGCACACUCGCCCCAUCCUCAGUGAGCUGGGGUACACCGACGCAGAGAUCCAUGACCUGAAACAGCGGCAGGUGGUGGACUGGGAGGAGGAGUAG